CAAAAAAACUACUCGACCAAUCUCAGCGGUGGAACACUACGGUCUCUUGUUUACAAUGGUCAAUCAUAUCCAAGUUAGACUUUACACCAUUGUAAACACAUUACCGCUUAAAGCAUGCCGUGUUUAAUAAUUAAUCUCGUCGUUUUGAGAAAUGUUGUGAGAUUAUAGACGUGAAGAAGCGCUUAAGGAAGUGUUUACGGUGGCUUCUCGUGAAAGAAGCCCGGUUAUCGUUUUAAGUCUGGGGGUUUGUACUUCUUUCUUCAUAACACACGUGUGUUGACGAUGUCUGUCAUGUUACAUAGGAUAUUGCGACCCGCGUUGAAACAGGCUCAGCUGCUGUCUGCAGUCAAAAACAAGCAGCCACUGUGGAGGCACGAGACGCUGGUCCGCGCGAGCUCUGCGUGCGAUGCAACUAUUCGGUCACUCGAAGACUGUCUCGAGGUCAACUAUGGAGGGGCGCCGAUGCGUUUCAACUACGUGUGGCUGAGGGAUCACUGCCGCUCUGACGCUUCAUACAACUCCAGCACUAACCAGAGGAACCUGGACACUGCGAGUAUAGACCUCUCCAUCCGCCCUGACAACACAACUGUGCAAGACGGCCAUCUGGUCCUCACCUGGCCAGGAGGUCAUGUCUCAAAGUACAGCCUUAGCUGGCUAGCUGAGAACAGCUACGAAGAAAAUAAGCAAAUCACCAUCCAGCCACGCAUCCUAUGGAAUUCAGACACCUACAAAAAGGCCAACAUACCCUCUGCAAAAUGGGAAAGCUUUAUGAGUUGUGACGAUGAAGUAAAGAACUUUCUUCGAAACUAUCUUCUGUAUGGGAUCGCUUUUGUAGAUGAUGUCCCUGCUACAGUCGAAGCCACAGAAGCAGUCACCCAGAGAGUCAGUCUUAUCAGGGAGACUACAUAUGGAAGAAUGUGGUGUUUUACAUCAGAUUUUUCCAGAGGAGAUAGUGCCUAUAGCCAGCUGGGCCUGGACCGUCACACUGACACCUCCUACUUUCAGGAACCUUGUGGAAUCCAGGUUUUCCACUGCCUCAAGCAUGAAGGAACUGGGGGAAGGACACUGCUUGUGGAUGGGUUCUACGCCGCUGAAAAAGUUCGCCAGCAGUCUCCUGAAAACUUUGAGCUGCUUGCCAAAGUGCCUAUCAGACACGAGUACAUUGAAAAGUCUGAAAACCACCGUAACCACAUGACAGGCAUCGGCCCUGUACUCAACGUCUAUCCUUGGAACGAUGAAAUGUACCUGAUUCGAUACAACAACUAUGACCGAUCAGUGAUAAACAUAGUGCCCCACGACCUUGUUCGACGAUGGUACGUGGCACAUCGAGAGCUGACAAAUGAACUGAGGAGACCAGAGAAUGAGCUGUGGGUGAAACUGACUCCGGGAAAAGUCAUUUUCAUUGACAACUGGCGGGUCAUGCAUGGGAGGGACUCUUUCACCGGCCUGAGGCAGCUGUGCGGAUGCUACCUGACCAGAGAUGAUGUCCUGAGUUCUGCACGCGUCUUCGGUCUGCAGGCCUGAUCCUGGACAUCAAGACCUCUUCACCGCUGUGCCUUAUUAGUUAGCCUAUGCAAGUUGAUCCAGGUCCUUUCUGAGAGAGAGAGAUGGAGAAAAAAACUGGCUAUUAAUUGCCUGUUUUGACGGUUGGUACUCCAAGGUGAAUGAAUGUUUUAUUGUUUAAUAAAACGUAACUGAUUUCUGAUCAGUCUAUCCUAUAUGAAUUAAGGUAUUAAAACUAUAGGUUGAGGUAGUUUUUACAUUUCCACUGAGAGCCUUCUGAAUCAAAUCACACUCUUGCUGCAUGUUGUAGGCAGUACUCACCCUUGUUUGUUAUUUUUGCAAUAAAUGUUUGAUUGUU